AUGGAGUUUCUUAAUUUCGGAACUUUCCCCCUAUUUCGACUGCCAACUGUAGUGUUACGAGAAGUUUUGGGGAUAAUGACACCGAUUGAAAACACAAACUUAUCCUUGGCAUCUUCUGGAGCCAAAACUAAAGUUAAAUUAUAUUGGAACACUACAAAAUAUCUUACUGAAGUGCAAGUUCUGAAGCAACCAUUAUUUGUUUUUUAUGGAAAACCAACUGUAUGGGAAUACCAGAUUACAACAAAUCAGGAAGAAGCAGAUUAUGAAGAAGAGACGUUGAAUGAGUUCAAAAAAUGGUUCACAUAUCUCAAAGAGUUAAUGCGAUUCAAAAUCUGUCAUAUUUUGUUUGACACUGACGCGUUCAAGAAUGAAAACCAAUCGUUUAUUGAUUUAUUGAAGCCUGAGAUCCAAUCUCUUUGUAGUUUCACAAUUGUGGGAGACACUGAAUCAGAUGACGAUGUGGCGUAUAUUUUGAAAGAUUUACCAAAAUCGGGAAGCUUGAUCUUAAAUAGCUAUCUGAGUGCGGCUUUCCAAGGAGUGAUUCCUCCAAUAACGCCACAGUUGCAUAUUGCCAACGGAGAGUGGAUCACGUUCUCCCAAUUCAUUGAGUUCCGUGCUGCCGAAAUCAUCAUUCAUAGGUGUAAAUUGAAAGGAAUUCAAUUGAAUGAAUUCCUUAGAAAAUGGAUGAGAAUGGAGUCGCAUCGGUGCCUGCAGAAUUUAUCAAUCAAUAUCAGCAGUACGAAUGAUCUACAGGAAAUUUGCAAUCUUUCACACAAAGUUGUUCAGCAGGACACGCCUCAAUUCGUUGAGCUGACCUUUAGUAGAGAAGAACUCAAAGCAGGACUUGAAAUCCAACGACACGACGGAGUUACUGCUAGAUUGUUCUUAACGGAAGGUAACAGUGGAUCGAUACUCAGAAUGAUUGUUACUGGCAAUACACUCAUAUAG